AUGCUCCCCCGAUUGACCGCCCGGACAUCCCUGCGCCUGGCGCAAAGGGCCAGCAUUGCCCAGAGAGGCUUCGCUACCUCGUCCCCGAGACUCCUCGAGGCCAAGGAGGCCAUCCUGCACAACAAGGCCGAGACCACCCCCCAGGCACAGAGCGAGGCCGACUCCCUGGGCGUCGCGGAGAACCAGGAGAGAGGACUUGAGCAGGCACCGAACCGGACCGGAAUCUGGUCGAGAAGUCAGAAGCCCAGGGCCCAGGCCAUGUCCGGCCCCCGAUUUGAGCAGACGGACUUUGAUCUUCAGCCUCAACCAAGAGCUGCCAUUGAACUUAUUCACAAGCAGCCUGUCCGGUGGACACACGAUAAGGUUGUCGCGUGCGACGGCGGCGGCGGCCCCGCUGGACACCCCAGAAUCUUCAUCAACACCGACAAGCCCGAGAUUGCAGCAUGCACUUACUGUGGACUGCCAUAUGCCAACGAGCACCACCGCGAGCACCUCGAAGCGUUACCCGAGACCUCAUACCCUCUUGCAUAG